CGGUUUCACGGGUAUAAAAAGACGGGAGGUGGCAUGAUGCAAGGGGACGACGACAGAAGCCGCCGCCGCGUGUCCCUUAAGCCACACGCGCUGGUGACCAUGUACCAAGGACUGAAGACGCUGUCGCCGCUGAUGAAGAGCAAGAGCAACCGCAACAUCGUCGUGAACCCGACGUUGGUGGGGAUGCUGGCGGACCCGCUGGCCAAGGUGGGCGAGAAGAUGCACCACGUCGCGCCGGGCACGUACGACGAAGUGGUCGAGCGGUUCAAAGCGGCGCGACAGGAGGUUCUUGAGCGGCACGACCGCGUCGCCGUGGAGGACCGGGUGCCAAAGUCCGUGGGGCUUGUCAAGGACCUGCUGCCGCCCGUGCCGCAGCACGACGCAUCGAGCAGCAGUACCUCGAAACCGUGGACAUUGAAUGCAAGUCGACUAAGUAGCUCGUUGGUGUUGUUAUCAACCAUGAGGCUUUUUCUAAUGUAGGACAUUCUCAACGAGUUUCAAGUGGAAAAGCAGGUGCUGAUGGACCAAAAACACUGGCUGCGGACACAAGCCGAGCACCAAGUGCACAGCGUGCUCGUGCCAGCGGGGCUGCACCAGCUUAAAGACGCGCUGCACGAAGCCGGGAUGGACACGACCUUGAUCGAGGCGGUGCUGCAAAACACUGUCACAGGCGCCCAAGUGCCCGCGCUCACGUCUAUCCUCCAAGCGCACCCGGAACUCCAAGCGAUGCUUCAUAUCGUCCAGGCCUCUCUCCACGACGACAAGAGGGGACUACACCUCCCACCUCCUCCUCCACCCCACCGACCUCUCGACAGUGAACACAGCGAGCUAAGACGGUCCCAUGCUAAGUCGGCCAAUGCUAAGUCGAGGGAUCUGUUGGGUAGCGUUACUUUGAAACCUGAAGUGUCCACGCAGGAGCCACGACCGGACGACCCCACCAACCGCCCGACGAAGAACCCCCUCUACGACGUUCCGCUGUCGAUUUUGAAGGGACUAACGUCACCCCACCACCCUCGGGACAAAAAGCUGGACCUGCUCACGACCCUCACGACCCUCGCCAACCACAUCGUGGACGACAAGGUGGACGAGAUCAAGCUCAGCCUCGUCGAAGCCAGCCACGCUAGCCACGCCCUGUACGCGGCCACCACGUUUAUCCUGCUCGCAGUCAUGUUUGGUGCGCUGAGUCUGUUCUUGUUGUCGUUGUGGUUUACCCAAUUUCUCAACGUGUAUUUGUCGCUGUCGUACCUGAUGGCGCUUAUUACCGCCUCCGGGUCGGCCAUCUUUCUCGGCCUUUUGUUUGCGUUUGUGGGUGCGCGCAUCGUCCACAACACGAUGACGUCGCUGCAAGUGAUUUUACUGAGUCCGCAGUCCAGCCGACACCCCCCCAAGCCGACCACAUCCAGAAGCCCCGACCACGACAAGGACGAGGAGGAGGUGACGCUGUCUCCUACUAGAACCAGUGCGUUGGGCAUGCUCAGUUCUUUCCUUUCAAGUUUCCACAAGAAGGCUCCCAAGUCUAGUAUUACUAGUAGUAGUAGUAGUAGUACUGCCAUUCCAACGCCCGCAGCGGCAGCAUGCGACUCGCCACAUGUGACAAACGAACUGGAUGCUGUGAAGGAGCUAAAAAAAGUAGCCUCCCGACUGAGUCUCGUGAGCGACGACGACCGAUUGGCCCAAAUCCCAGAGGAAACCAACCAAUCCGAUCCGAACGGAGACACCCGAACAGCCGGCGCCGCCGCCACACACGACCGAGCCAACCCCACGACCAGACAGCAGCCGACGCCGCCGCCCCCGUGUGCCCCCAUCGAUGCAAACGACGUCGACAUUGUCAUGGAGACCGAAUGUCUCCCUCCCCCGGAUCGACCCACUCCACACGUCGAGGUUCGAUACGACGACGACGAAGGUGGUCACGACGUGCCUGCUGUCGUCGUGGUGCGACCCAGUCACGCCCGGAAGCGGCGGAUCCAUACAUCUGAAACUAGUACCGCCGUCGAGUGGAUGUGCAGUGGCCGUCCUCCGUCCCGACGACGAAGGGAAGGACCUCAUACAUGUCGUCGGGAAGGCAUGUGUUGGGUCAAAAGAAGUUCGACGUGGGAACUCCACGCCGUGGACUGGGGGGCGUUGCUAAGACACAAGAACCUCGUGGCGCGGGUGCACCUGCCGCGGCUAAGUCGGCGCGGCUGCGUGGGGCUGGUGGUGCGCGCGGGGGGUACCUCUCCGAUCCUCAUAGCUGUCCCGAGGUGGAUACGACAGACCAAACCGUCGCAUGCCAACACGUCGAUCGAGCGGACUGCAGCCCACGCAUUUGUGACUCGUAUCCUUCACCAGGGGCAUGUAGCAUACGCACUGGUGCAUCUUGACAAGGCCAGCAGCAAUACCUAG